UUCCCCUCUCACUGUAUCUCCCUUCUUGCAGUUUCAUCGCUUCUAUCUUCUCCUUUACCAAGUAUCUUUGAACUCUCUGCAGUUUGAUCAUCCCUUGCCCUCUCCACGGCUCUUAUCGGUCCCAAAAAAAAAGCUUUGUUUAGAUUGAAGCUUCCGCACAGACUCAAACAUGGCCGACAACAGUGAAGUCAGGUAUCCCGACCCAAAUGCCAACAUCAAGGAGUCGAUCACAAACGGCCCGGUUGCUGAAACCAUCCGAUCCGAGGCCUCCCGCACUGGACAAGAAUUUCGCGACCUGAAGAGCGCCAAAGUGAUUCCUUCGACCACCACGGCCACCGGCCAGCCCCUGACUUACUACCACUCUCUGUUCUACAGCCUCCUCAGCUGGGAACAACCCCGUGCCACUGCCGCUUCCUUCGCCAGCGUCGUUGCUUUCAUUUUCGCGGCCCGUUACCUCCCUCUCCUUCGCUGGUUCUUCAAGUUCCUCUAUCUCGUCCUCGGGGUUACCGCUGCAGCAGAGAUUGGCGGCAGGGUCGUUCUCUCUCAGGGACUCACCAGCUCAUUCCGUCCCCGCAAAUACUAUACCCUGCCUAGGGAAACGAUCGAGGCUGUGCUGGAGGACUUCCAGCAGCUCGUCGAUUUCCUCUUCAUUGAGUUUCAGCGCAUUCUGUUUGCGGAGAAUGCCGUUCAUACCACAGCUGCCGCUGCUGCCGCGUUCUCUGCCUACUGGUUGAUUAAGAUUCUUCCCUUCUGGGGCCUGUCUCUUUUGGCCGUCACUAUUGCCUACCUUGGACCCUUCGUUUAUCUCAACAACCAAGAAAUCAUUGAUGCUCAGAUUGAAAACGUCCGCCAGAUGGUUGGCUCUCAGGCUAACCAACUGAAGGAUCUAGCGGAGGAGCGCACCUACCAUGCUACCGGUGUGGUGAAACAGUAUGUUGGAGACUACAGCAACAAAGCCCAGGAAUAUAUCGGCCGUCGUUCCGCCUCUCCCGAGGUCGCCAAAGGCCCUGCUGCAGGGCCUGUAGUCAAGAGGGAACCCGAGCCCGAGGCUGUCGUCAAGACGUCUGAUUUCCCUGAAGCACCUAAGGUUGAGCCGGUGGCGCAAUCAAUCGAGACUCAAUCAGAGAAGGAGCCUCUCCUGGCUAUUUAAAUGAGUCUGCACGACUCCUGCGGUCCUAAUCUCGCCUGGUUUCACGGAUUAGACGGGUUGCGACGCAGGACCAAACCCAGCUAUCUGGCUUCAACGUCCAGGAAAAAUUGAGACCCAGUUUUGUGCACUAAAGCAGUCGUAAAUCUGCUUCUUUGACA